AUGGAUUGGUGUGGCUGCGACACAAUUUGCCGACCGGAUGGUUGCCCAAAUGCACUGGGUAGCAUAUUUUGUGCUCGGAAUAACUGCCUCAACGGAUCUGACUGUGGCAAUCGACUGAGAACUGUGAGUGGCCUGCACCUAGCGCGUGGAAAUAUUGGAUACUCUGUUUUCACGUCUGAGGAUAUUGAAAGUGGAAGUAUUGUUGCUGAGUACGCUGGUGUGUUGACAACACACGACUAUCGUAAGGACAAGAAAAGAACCAGCAACUACACCAUCGGUUUGGCCGCGCGGUCGUCGCGCAAGGAGAACUUGUGGAUCGAGGCGAAAUUCAAGGGAAACAUUACGCGGUUCAUGAAUCAUUCCUGUGCGGCAAAUUGCCUGUGGUGCGGAUGGAUGCUGUGGUGA